UCUCCGCUCCUCCCUUCACGUGCGGGGUCAGGGGCUGGUUCUGUGGUCGCUUCCCGCCGGCUCCUCCCGUCAGCCAGUGCGGCGGGGAGCCCCGCCCCUGGCGGCGGCGCCGAGCGUGCCGCUCAUGCGCGCUGCGGCGCGCGCCCGCCGCGCAUGCGCGGGCGGGGCACACGAGUCCCGCGGAGCAGCCGGCGCGCGGCCUCUCAUGGCCAAGCGGCGCGCGGAGCCGCUGAUGUGCCACGUGCCCGUGAAGCGGCUGCUGCGCGAGCCGGCGCUGCCCCGCGCGGGCGAGCGGCGGCCCCGGGCAGAGCCGGGCUGCGCGGGCCCGGCUGCGCUCAAGCGCCCGCUGGAGGAGGCGGAGGCGCCGCCGGGAAAGCGGCUCGGGCCCGGCGCCCCCCGUGCGCAGCCGGGGGACGCGGGCGGCGGGCGGCGGCGGCGCGGCGGGACUGUGGCGCCCCAGGACGCGCCGGCGGCGGAGGGACGCGCGGGCGGCCGGGGCAAAGAGCGGGCCGCCGCCGCCGAGCAAGAAGAAGAAGAAUUCUGUCAAUAUAACUCGUUCCUGUACUGGAGAGCACCACUGCCUGCUAUUGAUUUGUCUGAUAUUCAGAACCUAGAUGAAGAGACUCCAUCGGGUGCUAAAACUGCUGCAAGGGCUGAUACUGCAGAGACCGAAAUGGAAACCUGAUCAGUUGUUUCAUAGCUGUGCAUCUGUUCCCAGGAAACUUGUUUCCAUUGAGAUUUGGGUUUUGUUCCUUGGUGAAUAAUAAGCAUGCUUAUCUGGUCUUGGAGGAACUGUUGUGGCAGUCUUUAGAAGCAAAUCUGAGUUGCCUUAGUGGAUGGGAUAAACAAUAUUGGGUACAUAACAGGAAGCUGUCUGAAGGUGUGCAGUAAGGAGGACCCAGCAGUGUCUAACAAGAAUACUUGAAGACACGGAGGCAGACUAAAAGAAGAAUAUAGAAAAUUAGAACUUUGAGAAGCAAUUAAAAGAAAUGGGGAUAUGUUACAUGUCAAAAGGAAAUGCAAAAUUAUUUUGUCUCUCCUGAACAAAAGAAGUGUGGUACCUGAAAGUUAAGUAUUUAACAUGUGAGUUUAUCAUAAAGCACACAAACUCUUGUGAUUUCUAAUGUGUUUUUUUUUUUUCUGUAUUAUAGCUAAACCAAAAAAUAAGAGUCCAUCAAAAUCGGACAAAACAUUCCCUUUUCUAUGCAAACCAAAAAACAAGUGUGACAGAGAAGGGGAAGGAAAAGGAGCUACUUUCUGCUGAAAGCUGCUGCUGUUCUGAAAGUUUUCACAUUCUCAUGGUGAAAAAGUUUUUUCACCUUCUGUUUUUCACAUUAUGGACAGCAGUGGGCGCCCAGGUUUUUAUGUUUUUGGUUCAUUCUAAAGUUACUGCUGUUCUUAGUCUUUGUGAUGUUGCUUUGAACCAGUUGAUAGCAUCUGAAUGACAGGUUUGGGCAGAUGUGUCAAGAAAAGUUAGUGCAAUAUAAAAUGACCACACACCCUCUUUCAAACUAUACUGAAGGAGGUGUGUUUUUUGCAGAGACUGUGAAUCUUGCAGAAAGUUUUUGCAGAAGUUCAUUCAAAUAGUGGUUUUUGCUGUGAAAUAUGAACUUAAUGUUUGUGAUUUGCAAUUUAUUUACAAAUUGAAGUACAAUUAGAAAGACGUCUUUAAUAAUAGACGGAAGUUGUAUGGGAAGACUUACAUUUUGGAAUACGAUUUGUCUUUAAGGAUAGAAAACAUUGUAUUUUUUCUGUAAUCACUAUGGAAAAAGGCAACUUUUGAAUUUUAUUUUUUUCUAUUAAUGUGUUUGUUAAAGGACAAUAAAGUUUUGCCUGUGUGUAUGUGAAAGCUUUGGCACUAUUACUUUGUGAAGGUCUUAACUUUAUUUCAUAAGCUUGCUGCUUCUGUAUUCUUGUUUUACUAGGUCUUUUUGCUUAAAAUAGUAAGGUUGUCUGCUUCCUUGGUAAACACUUGGAAACUUUUUCUGGAAUUUGUGCUGCAUAGGUAUUUGUUACUUAUUCAUUUAACUUGUUAAGAUCUCUGAAUACCUUCUGAAGAAAGGAGGUGGCUUAGGGACUUAAGCAUUUCACAAUGCCUCUUCCAAUAUCCUUCUACCUUCUGCCAUAUUAGCUGGAUAAUAUUUGGACAAUAUGUAUUUUUCUCAGACAGUUUUAACAUUUUGUUUAAGUUCAAAUACACCAACUUGUCUUAGGAGGUACUUUGAAAAUUUAAAAAAAAAACUUCUUUUCUGGCAAGAAGGCUAUAAAACUGCUAUUUCAUGUUUACUAUUACCAAAAUAAAUUAGUGAAAAAAGUAGAUCUAAUUAUUUCUUGAGGGGUUUGAAUUGGUUAUAUGAUUAGGGGGUUUUGACCCUAUAUAAUACAUGCGUUCCUGUAUUUGUGAGUGUUAUAAUAUUUCAGACCAUCCAGUGUUCUCAGGAUCCAGUAUUUUGCAUUAUUAGCUAGUAUCUUUGCUCUAGCUCUGCUCAUUUAAAAUCUGCUUGGUGCUUCACUCAUGGUAGAUGUAUCCUAGCAAUAGCCUGCAUUUUAUUAUUAAAAUCUGUCAUUCCACUCCUUUCAUGGAACAGAUGAUGUUUUAUUAUGGUCUUUCAAAUACAUGUUUGAUCUACCCCAUAACCAGAUAAAUAAGUUCUUUGCAACGAAUUCAGCUUGAAGUGUGCUGUAAGCCAUAUGUUUACUUCAUUUGCAAUUGUGCUGUAGGCAAGCACUUUCCUCAUAGUUUUUUCCAGUUGUGGACUCUGUUACGGGCUGGAAUGUUAUGGCUACUUUUAGAGUGUUUCCUGAGCUGAUUCAUUUUUUCCAUUCAUCUCUUUGCAAAUAGAGGUAAAUUUAAAAGCCUUGGGAAACUAUUUGAAAUUACUCUUGAGAGUCUGAGUUAUACAAAAGGCUGGAGCAGUAAUGGGGAGUGUUGACAGAUUACAUAACUUUUGCACUAAAGCUGACAAAAGGUAUGGUAAGAAAUUGCAUUUCUCAGUGCCUUGUGUCUCCAGAUGCCAUGUGACACUGAACUACCAAAUUGCUGGUCUUGCCUUCUGACUCCAGUUUUCUAGAUACCUUUCAUUCAAAACUGCAUAUAAACUGUAUGUAAGUGUAAGUUUUAAUUUGUAUAUAUAUUAACAUCAAGUGAAUAGAAAAUGUUCUUUUAAGAUCAAGAAGUGCCAUCACACAUCGAGACAAUUCGGUAGCUGCAUACUGACUGACAGUUUUAAUUUGAUAUGAUUUUAAAUUUCAGAAUAAAAAUUUAUACUUUUUAUAGUUAACUGGGAUUGUAUUCUCUAAAAUAUUUCUCUCUAAAAGGAAAGACCAGUGUUACAAGCUUAAGAACUUGUAAGGGGUAACCACAUCUAGACACCAUCCGGGUUGAUCAGGUGCUGUAUCAGCAAGUUGCACAGCAAGGGUACAGGAAUAAUAGUAAGUCAGAUGUGGGAGUUAAAUAUGUUUCAAAGCAGAUUUAAACAGCAAAGCAGCGUGACCAACAUUUAAUAAAUCUUUUGCAUUAUUCUAAACUAAAGGCCUGUUUUACAUCGUCUGAUUUGUGUUUAUUGAAGGGCUGCAUUAUGUUUAUGGUUCCUAUGAUAGAUAAGCCUCUGGGAGGAGAUUAGAGCUCAGAGCAGAUCAGAAAAGUGAAGAGCUACUGUGAAAAACAGGCUGCAUAAGUGAACGUGUGUUGGGUAAGUAGACUGUGGUAGAAAUAAAGGGGAAAAAAGUGGGGGAUGGAAGGUGGGUGAUCAUGAAGUAACCGAGCCUGUGAGUGCAGGUAUAGUUGGCCAGCAGAUCAAUGACAAGAAUAUUUUCAGCAUUAGCUCCAUCUUCAGCACAGCAACAUUACAGUAAUUUGAAUAUGGUAUCAACUAAAUGUGAUAGGUUUCUCACUGUUUUGACAGUUGCUAGUUGAUUUUUUUCCUGUUGGCCAGGAAUUUAGUGGAGGUUAAAAAAGCAUGCUUGUAUAUAGGAACUUGGAAAAUAUAUAGGAUCCUUCAUAAAGAAGAUAAAAGUGUGCAAAUAUACAUGUUGCUAGGUGAAACUAAAAUAAUUAGUGUCCAGCAUCUGCCAGCAUCUUCUAACCAGAACAGUAGAUUCAUCUGGGGAAAUUAAUGUAUUCUUUUGUGAAAGACUCUGACCUUGACUGUGAGGAGUUAGACUGCACCGACUCACCGUUGUCUGCAGCAAAACUUGUGCUCAAUGCUCAAAGGAGCAUUUCAUAAUAACUAAUGUGCCUGGGCUGGCUUAAUUACUUCUAUGCCUACAGUUAUAACUUUGACACUCUAGGUGGCAAUACACAUUCACAGAAAGUUACCAUGGAUCUGGAGAAUGUUUUGGUCAUGUUUUUAUUCCAGACUGCUACUGAAAAUUCAAGCAGUGACAUCAUGAAUGCUAAUCAUUUCCUUACUUGAUACAUAAAUAAGGGCAGAUCAACUCACAACUCCCCGAUCAUAAGGAGAGACAAGGUUUUCGGCAUAACUAGAGUAAAAACAUUGUGUCAAGGAGUUUUGAUUCAUCUCUUAAUUCUCUCCAAAUCUCUUCAUCCCCCAGAGAACCAAAAAGCAGCCAACCAAACCCAAUUAUCAAUUUAAUACGUGGGAUUUUGUUGUCACUGCUUUGUAUUGCUGUUUCCUUUAGUUAGAACUGGGGAACAAGCUUUAUCAGAUUGUGUGUUGGAUGAAAACCUCAGUUGGGUGUCUGAAGGCUACUUGAAGUGUCUAAUGUGAGGAGUGUCUAAUAUGAGGAAGAGAAAGGACAUGAAAAGCAAGAGAUAUGAUGCACUGUUCCUAACGAGCAUCCAAGAACCGAACUGUCUGCACUGCUGUUGAGGUGACAGCUUAGACACUGGAAAUACAGGA